AUGAGCGGCUCAACAGCAUCUGCGACCUCGAAAAGCUCAUCCGGACUGGUGCUGCACCAUCUGGAACUGAGUCGAUCGAACCGCAUCCUGUUCCUGCUCGAGGAACUUCAAGUGCCGUACGAGGUCAAGCACUACAAGCGCGAUCCGGUCACUCGACUCGCCGGCGAUGACCUGAAGCAGAUUCACCCCCUCGGACGCUCACCCGUUCUGACCGAUGGCGAGCUCACCAUCAUCGAGACUAAUGCGAUCAUCGAACAUCUGCUGCUGCACUACUACGACCCGUCGCGCGUCUCGCUCGGUCCCAAGCUCGGUCAGAAGACGCAGGAGAGCAUCGACGUGGCUGCGUGGAUCCAGUUCUCAGAGGCAUCGAUCAUGCUGCAUGGUAUUCCGCUCUUCUACGUGAUCAAAGGCGGUGCUGCGACACAGGAUGGAUCGGCAGGCGUGGAGAAGGUGUGCGCUCGAGGCAUCAAGGCAGACUUGGCGUAUGUCGAGGAGACGCUCAAGAAGGAUGGAGGCCAGCUGGUCAAGGGACACGACUUUACAGCCGCCGACUGUGCGAUGCUAUACAGCAUCGACAUGAUCGGUCACAUCCUGGAGACCAGAUCAGAGCAAUGGCGCAGCAACCUCGGGCUUGACAUCGGCUUGGCAACGAAACAGUGGAUGGACAAGUGCUUCGAGCGACCGGCGUUCCAAGCUGCACUUCGCAAAGAAGGCAUCCCCGAAGGACAGAACGACUGGCUGGCCUCAUUCUUCAACGGUGCGUCUUCUUCCUCCUCGUCAUCAUCGCAGCAGCAGCAGAAGAAGAGGUCGAGAAAGAGCCUCUUCCGCCCGUGCAUCGAUCUGCACGAGGGCGUGGUCAAGCAGAUCGUGGGCGGCACCCUCACCGAUACUGACUCGACACUGAGAACCAACUUCGUUGCCACGCACAGCCCCGCGCACUUCGCCUCGCUCUACCGACAACACGGCCUGACGGGCGGACACGUGAUCAAGCUCGGACCACGGAACGACGAGGCUGCGGCCUCAGCGGUGGCUGCCUGGCCACGAGGGUUGCAUGUCGGAGGCGGGAUCAACGGGGACAACGCCAAAGAGUGGCUGGAGAAGGGCGCGGAGAAGGUGAUUGUGACGUCGUAUCUCUUCCCGCAGUGCAAAUUCAGCUUGGAGCGAUUGCAGGAGCUCAGUGCCAGCGUAGGCAAGGAGAAUCUGGUGGUCGACGUCAGCUGCCGGAAGAAGGGCAGCAAGUGGACCGUAGCCAUGAACAGGUGGCAGGACAUGACGGAUAUGGAGGUGAACAAGCAGAGCCUGGAUCUGCUGGCGGACCAUUGCAGCGAGUUCCUGAUUCACGCUGCGGAUGUGGAAGGCUUAUGCCAGGGCAUCGACCAGGAGCUGGUGGAGAAGCUGGGCGAAUGGGUGACGAUUUCAACGACGUAUGCUGGUGGCGCGAGGCAUCUUGGUGAUCUGGAGCUGGUCGAUCGGCUCUCAGGCGGCAAGGUGGACCUGACAUUCGGCAGCGCGCUGGACAUAUUUGGCGGCAAAGGGGUCACUUUGGAAGAGCUGGUCCGAUGGAACUCAUCUGCAUGA